AUGGGGAUGGGAAUUGGAUGUGAAGGUGGGAGUAUAGUAGUAGGGAGGGCCAUGGGGGAAGGCACCGGAGAGAUGUUAGUCGGGAGGGUUGGCAUCGGAUCUAUGGGAAUUGGGGUAGGCGCCGGGGGUAUUGUGGUAGGCAUGGGGAUGGGGGUAGGCACUGGAGGCGUUGCCGUGGGUAGAGAGAUGGGGGUAGGUACUGGUGGAAUGGAAUGGGGCUGGGGAAAUAUAAUGGGAGUGGGAGGUGGAGGUAUGACUGGCGCCGGUAUAGUCGGAUGGCCGUGGGGUAGAACAAAGAGGAUUUCGAUGGCGAUGUGGUGUGAUGCAGUAGCCCAGUCCUAG